CACUAGCAGGUGUGUAGAUGAUGCUGACGUCACUAGCAGGUGUGUAGAUGAUGCUGAUGUCACUAGCAGGUGUGUAGAUGAUGCUGACGUCACUAGCAGGUGUGUAGAUGAUGCUGACGUCACUAGCAGGUGUGUAGAUGAUGCUGACGUCACUAGCAGGUGUGUAGAUGAUGCUGAUGUCACUAGCAGGUGUGUAGAUGAUGCUGACGUCACUAGCAGGUGUGUAGAUGAUGCUGACGUCACUAGCAUGUGUGUAGAUGAUGCUGACGUCACUAGCAGGUGUGUAGAUGAUGCUGACGCCACUAGCAGGUGUGUAGAUGAUGCUGAUGCCACUAGCAGGUGUGUAGAUGAUGCUGAUGUCACUAGCAGGUGUGUAGAUGAUGCUGAUGCCCCUAGCAGGUGUGUAGAUGAUGCUGAUGUCACUAGCAGGUGUGUAGAUGAUGCUGACGUCACUAGCAGGUGUGUAGAUGAUGCUGACGUCACUAGCAGGUGUGUAGAUGAUGCUGAUGUCACUAGCAGGUGUGUAGAUGAUGCUGACGUCACUAGCAGGUGUGUAGAUGAUGCUGACGUCACUAGCAUGUGUGUAGAUGAUGCUGACGUCACUAGCAGGUGUGUAGAUGAUGCUGACGCCACUAGCAGGUGUGUAGAUGAUGCUGACGUCACUAGCAGGUGUGUAGAUGAUGCUGACGUCACUAGCAUGUGUGUAGAUGAUGCUGACGUCACUAGCAUGUGUGUAGAUGAUGCUGACGUCACUAGCAUGUGUGUAGAUGAUGCUGACGUCACUAGCAGGUGAGUAGAUGAUGCUGACGUCACCAGCAGGUGUGUAGAUGAUGCUGACG